CUUCACUGCUUAGCUCCUAUGUAGCCGUUUCUCAGAGAUGUCCACCGCCGUUUCUCCAACCGUCUCCUCCACGGUUUUCCCAACGGACCAGCUCACCAUCAUCGUGGCGUCCUUUUCUUGUCUGGUGUUUUUUGUGGUGAUCGCUGUGCUGCUGUCUCUGCUCUUCCGGAAGGACCCUCUGUGCUGCAAAGUCAGAGCUUAUCGAAACUCACAUGGAGACUUGGAGGCUCCCUCCCAGUACUACAGCAGCAGACAGACUCUGGUGGGCUCACCUUGUGCUGAAAUGCCUUCUAACACAAGGCUCGAUAACUCAAAUACUCAGUCAGGGCAGCUGUUCUACGUUGGCCUGCCCAGCACGUACCGGCUGCCGUCCCUGGAGCCGCCGAUGCCUCGCCUGCCCUCAUAUGAGAGCGUGCGCAAGAAAGACCGACAGCGGCAGAUCCACAUGAUGAUAGCCGACCGCUUUGGCCUCCACGGACCUAUGACGACUGAGCCACCUCCCACGUAUGAAGAAAGCAUUCGGCAGUCAGUUCAGUCCCUGGAGGUUCCGUUUGACACCAUGUCAUCAGCGAUAACACCAGAUGCUCAGGUCAUAAACCCUCAACCUAUGGAUGCCUUGCCUCAGUAUGAGACUCUACCUCAAAAUACAAGCUCUCCUGGUACUCAAGCUCAACCAGAUUAACAUAAGGGUUUCCAGUGAGUUCAGAAGAAGGACGCUGAUCUGAGGUCACCACAGCUUGCUGAGGGAAGUGCUAUUGGUGGUUUAAAUGACAAUUUCCAACCUGACCCACUGCUCUGGUGUUUUCUUUGUCUCUCAAAGACAAUAUUUAACCAGGCUGGUGGUGCUCAAGGCCAAAAGGCGUAAUGCAAACACCAAGCUAUAAUGAGACUGCUGCCAGUAUUUAGGCAUUACCUGACUCAGAAGCUGGGAAUGUGAAGCACAUCCUAAAAGUCUGGGUUGUUUGAAGCAAAUCCUACAGACUGGAACUUUGUUUAUCAAUGACUCUUCACACGUUGACAGGAAAAACAGAGGAUUUGACUGCAGCCUUUUGCUUAGAACCCUUUACCUACAUCACAAAGAGGCUGUGUGAGGAGCAAAAGACAACUGCAAAAUUCAAUAUUUAUUGCCGUAUCAACUCAAUUGAGGAAUUUGCUACAGUGUGCACGUGACAAUAAAAAGACAGUGACAACAAAUAUAACAUACACUAUUUGUCCAAAAGUAUCCAGACACCUCUUUGAAGUGGUGAAUUUGAGGUGCACCAAUUGCUGAGACAAGAGUUCAAGCUCUAUGGAAAAGCAUGUACAAUAUAAUAGGACACUACAGAGCAGCUACACAUGAGCUAAGGCCACCAUGCCCAAUGCCAUGCUUUGGCUAGAGGGGGUAUAAAGCGCCCCAGCAUUGGGCUGUGGAACAGUGGAACUUCUCUGGAGUGAUGGAGCCGGGAUGUGUUGGGAUGAGUUAGGGUGACGUUUGUGAUCCAGAACUAAUCAUCCAACAACAGUAUCUCACCUUAUGAAUGCUCUUGAGGCUGAAUGCAAUCAUAUCCUUACAGCAAUGUUCCAACAUAUAGUGUAAAGUCUUCCAAGAAGAGUAGAGGCUGUUACUGCAGCAAAGAGAGGAAAACUGUCUAUUAAUAUCAUGAUUUCAGAAGAAACAUAAGAUGAGCAGGGGUCUUCAGACUUUUGGACAUAUAGUGUACAUCCUAAUCUUGGAACUGCUGCACUAUAAUCAAAAAUAAAAUGUCCAAUUGAAGACAGACUUUUAAAAGACUUGACAUAUGUGACUAAACAGACUGAAUUACCAUGUAAUCUCAGGGAACUCUUGCACCGGGAUUUGCACAGACUUGUGGCCUAAUGGAGAGGGAUUCUGAAAUCUCUUGCCAAAGGAGCAUUUUGUGUAAUUUUUUCCUUUUUUAUAUUAUUUUAAAUUUUGUUCAAUAAUAGACCUCCCAAAAAUAGAAACAGCCCUUUCAUCCAUUUUUCUAAAUGUUUUUUUUUUCCUGGUAGUGCUAGUUGUUCAUUUUUCCUCAUUUUAAGUUUUUCCGCUUCAGCAAUAAUGACUCACGCUUACUGUGUGUGUUACUGGGUGUGCUUUUGAAUAUGAACUACAAGUCUUCAGGAAGAGACAACUUGUAAUAAUUUGCAUAAAUAAAUCAAGAAUGCGUUCACUGUGAAUUAUGCUCAGGUUAAACAAACACUUCAGCCAUUAUCAAGCCAAUUUGUUGUAUCUGUAACAUAUGGUUUAUUAUUACAGACAAUCAUUUUCCUAUACUUACCAACACUAGUGGGCAAU